CUUUACCCUCAAUCGCGUCACCAAGAUGAACUUCUCCAUGACCACUACUGUCAGUAAUUCUGUCUGGAGCUUUAUAGGUAAUUCCAGUCAAGACGUCUACUCCAUGAACAUCACCGAAGCUCCUCCGUCUCGGACAAAAUCCAAAGUGUGCGAGCAGCUCAAUAUCACCCCUGAGGUCUUUCUCAUUCUGGGCAUCAUCAGCUUGUUGGAGAACAUCCUGGUAAUCUGCGCCAUAGUGAAAAACAAGAACCUGCACUCGCCCAUGUACUUCUUUGUGUGUAGUCUGGCAGUGGCGGACAUGCUGGUGAGCGUGUCAAAUGCCUGGGAGACCAUUGUCAUCUACCUGCUUAGCAAACAACAGCUGGUGGCGGAAGAUCACAUCAUCAGACAGAUAGACAAUGUCUUUGACUCCAUGAUCUGCAUCUCUGUGGUGGCAUCAAUGUGCAGCCUCCUGGCCAUCGCUGUGGAUCGUUACGUCACCACAUUUUAUGCACUGCGCUACCACAACAUCAUGACCAUAAAGCGUGCAUCACUUAUCAUUUCCGGUAUCUGGACCUUUUGCACGGGAUGUGGCAUUGUCUUCAUCAUCUACUCCGACAGCACUCUCGUCAUCAUAUGCCUAGUGUCCAUGUUUUUCAUCAUGCUUGCGCUCAUGGCCUCACUCUACACCCACAUGUUCAUGUUGGCUCGCUCACACGUCAAGCGCAUUGCUGCUCUGCCUGGAUACAACUCCAUUCACCAGAGGACUAACAUGAAAGCAGCAGUCACGCUCACCAUCUUGCUGGGGAUCUUCAUUGUGUGCUGGGCGCCUUUCUUCCUCCACCUCAUCCUCAUGAUCUCCUGCCCAAGGAACCUGUACUGCAUGUGUUUCAUGUCCCACUUUAACAUGUACCUCAUCCUGAUCAUGUGCAACUCUGUCAUUGACCCACUUAUCUACGCCUUCAGGAGCCAAGAGAUGCGCAAGACGCUCAAGGAGAUCAUCUGCUGCUACAGCCUGAGAAAUGUCAUAAGAUGGUCUAAUUAACUCCAUAUCAACUAAUGUGUAUUUUGUGUUUAUGUUGGUUUAUGUGAUUUUAGCUAGUUGUCUAGCAAGUUAAACAUCUAAGUAGUCAUGCUGUUAAGUGAAGGGAAAAACAUAUUCAUAUUCGUUCAGAAAACACCAAAAAGCCUAAGUGUUCUGCUGGUGUACCCUAUCUGCAUGUAAAAAUGUAGAAAUA